AUGGCCAAUUCACAUCGCGCCAUUUUCUUCACAAUAUUACUACUUCUAGCUGUUGCAGCAGCUGCCACGGCCUCCUCCGCAGGCUUCUCUCCGCUGUCUCCUUACUACUACUCCAAAAUCUGCCCCAAGGCCUUGCCCGCCAUUCGACGCGUCGUCGAGGCUGCUGUCUCCGGCGAGCGCCGCAUGGGCGCCUCUCUUCUUCGCCUCCACUUCCAUGACUGCUUUGUCCAGGGCUGCGAUGGGUCGAUCCUCUUGGACGCGACUCCGACGAUCGACAGCGAGAAGACGGCCCUCCCGAACAACAACUCGGCCCGAGGGUUCGAAGUGAUCGACAUGAUCAAAGCCGAGGUCGACAAGGCCUGCGGCGGCAAGCCCGUCGUGUCCUGCGCCGACAUCCUAGCCGUGGCCGCUCGCGACUCGGUCGUGGCUAGGGGUGGCAGUCGCUGGGAGGUACAGCUAGGCAGGAGGGACUCCACGUCAGCGAGCAGGACCACAGCGAACAACGACAUACCGUCGCCGUUCAUGGACCUUCCCGCGCUGAAAAGCAGCUUCCAGAAGCAAGGGCUCAACGAGCGUGACCUCGUGGCGCUGUCCGGGGGACACACCAUCGGGUUCUCGCAGUGCCAGUUCUUCAGGAACCGGAUCUUCAACGAGACGGCGGACAAUAUUGAUGCGGAGUUCGCGAGGGAGAGGAGGGCAAGCUGUUUCGCCGGCUCCGGGGAUGCCAACCUUGGCUCGCUGGACGGUUCGCCGACGAGGUUUGACGCUUCGUAUUUUAAAAACUUGGUGGAGAAGAAAGGGUUGCUUCACUCCGACCAGGCGCUGUUCGCCGGUGGGUCGACCGACUCGGUUGUGAAGGGCUACGCCGGCUCGAACAAUGGGCGGAGCUUCUGGUUCGAUUUUGCGAGCUCGAUGGUCAAGAUGGGGAACAUCAAGCCGUUGACUGGGAACAGUGGUCAAAUUCGGGUCAACUGCAGGGGACACACCAUCGGCUUCUCGCAGUGCCAGUUCUUCAGGAACCGAAUAUUCAACGAGACGGAGGCCAAUAUUGAUGCGGAGUUCGCGAGGGAGAGGAGGGCAAGCUGUUUCGCCGGCUCCGGGGAUGCCAACCUUGGCUCGCUGGACGGUUCGCCGGCGAGGUUCGACGGUUCGUAUUUUAAGAACUUGGUGGAGAAGAAAGGGCUGCUUCAUUCCGACCAGGCGCUCUUUGCGGGUGGGUCGACCGACUCGGUUGUGAAGGGUUACGGUUCGAACAAUGGGCGGAGCUUCUGGUUCGAUUUUGCGAGCUCGAUGGUUAAGAUGGGGAACAUCAAGCCGUUGACUGGGAACCGUGGUCAAAUUCGGGUCAACUGCAGGAAGGUCAACGCAUGA